AUGUGGACAGUACUACGCGACACGGCAGUCGGUUUGCUUGCCGAAAUACACUCACUGCAGAAUGAGGCCAAAAUGUCAAUUAUAAUAGCAAUCGUCUUCAUGGGCUUGCUCGAGUUAGGACGAUCGCAGUACCUAACGAACACUGUACAUAAGACAUCAGCUGCAACGGAGAAGAUUAAUGAUCUCUGGUGCUACUCCUGCAAUGCCACCGACGAUGGUGAGGCUUGCAUCGAGCUGUCGUCCGGAAAUAAUGCAUCCUACGUUAAAAAGUGUAACCCGGAGGAAUUUAUCUGCAUGGUUAAACAGUUUUCCUAUACAACCAGCACGGAAAACUCGACCUCCACACCAAAGCUGUGGUCGCUCGAGCGACGUUGCAUCAGUAGCUGCGAAGCGGGUUGCAUUAUCAUAGGCGAACGCACGAAGCUGUACGCCUGCACUAGUUGCUGUGAGAAGUCGCUCUGCAACACCGGCAAAGCGCACUCGACCAAUCCGAUAGCACACUUUCGGCGCACCUCAACCACUCUGGCACUAGGAUUGCUAGUGUUCCUUAGCGUAGCAAAGCCCACUCUACCAGUGAUGCUCUAG